AUGUCUUCUUCUGAUCUUCUUCUCAGUGUUGUUGGUUCCUCUUACCAGGUAUCAUGUUCUUCUGCAGAUCCAGCUGGACAGAAGGAAGCACUCAGAUGUCUGACUGUUCUAGGCAGCGUAUUCCCUAAAAAGACUCUUAACUUUCUAGCAGAGAAGAUGGAUGAGGUUUGGAACGAUAAAGCGCUGGUCUUCCAUACAAUAAAAAUUCUCAAAGUUAUCAUUAGCUUAAAUGGGCUGCCAAGAGCCUGUGAUACUUGUCCAGGGUUAGAAGCACUUAAUUACCGACAAGGUCUUCUAACUAAAUUUUUGGUUAUUGCUGCUGUUUGGAACACAUUAAGUAUCCGUGUUGCUGCCCUGGAGCUCCUGGGUCUAGUGGAUUCUAUGAUCCAUGAUGAUAUCCUUGAUCUGUGGCUUGGACGCAUCACUCUGUUGCUCCAGUAUCUAAAAAGAAGACAGGACACUUUCGAACAGAAUGAAUGGGAGAAUAUGUUGCUUCUGAAGUUCCUUUACAAAUGCUGGGGAACAGCAAUGAAAGCAUCCAGGGGCACAUUAAUUCAGCCAAGCCUUUGGAGAAUGGUACAGCAGAUCAGGUUUUAUGAGAGUGAAGAAAGAGAGGGAUUUGCCUAUGGCCUUGGUAUUUCUGCCAUACAUCAUAUUAAAGAGGUUCUCUCAAUUCUUGAUGAAUACCAAAGUUACAUUGAUCAGUUAUUAACUGAACACUAUUUAAUGGAGAAUACAGAGGUGCCAGUUUCUAAGAAACAGAUGAGAAGCAUCCUACUCCUUAGCUAUUACUUUGCAGCUUUUCUUGCUCCAAGAGAGGUGAUCCUACCUAUCAUGUACUCACACAUAUUUCCAAACAUACUGCAAAAUUAUCCAUAUUGCUUAAAGGAUGCAUUGAUGAAGUCAGCCUUCAUUGGUAGUGUGAUACUCAUGUACCAGGCCACCAAAGAAAUGGAUGCAAAAUUUUCUCCCGAGAGCAUACCACUAAUAAUGAAUGAACUAAAGGAAAUUUUAUUGGAGACACCCACAAGCUGUUGUGAAGUGCAAAAUUGUCAAAAGGCAAUUGAAGCUAUCACCCUUUUAUGGAAUACUCAUGCUUUAGAAAAGAAAGAAAAAUGUGAAAUAAUGGAAUUAUGCAUCUCAAGCAUCAUGAAGUUUCCACCAUGGGAUAUAUUGGAAAAGAAGGUAGUACCUACAGACACAUUACUUGCACAGAAACAUUACAAUAGUACUUUUGAGGCAGUUUAUGAGAUUGUCAAAAUCCUUAUGGAGCAGCAGAUGGAUCCAGAAAACCUGCACAGUAUAAUUAAGGCCUUGAAAAACUGGCUUGUUUCUCCAAAAAUAUAUGAACGUGAGAGGGCAACUCGUAUGUUGGCCCAGCUACUGUGGAUUUAUCGAAGUCAAGCCACCGUUGAGAUGCAGCAGUCAGUUGCAAAUGUGGGACACCUGAUUGGACUGCUGCUUCCUAAUUGUGUAAAUAAACAAGUAGCCCUUUGCCAUUGGGGCAAGAUGGCAGUUGCCUGUCUGCUUAAUACAGACUCUCCAACGAAGAUAGAUAUCUCAAGCACAGAAUCCAUAAGAAUCCAGAAUGAAGAAGAGCAGUGCCUGCCCAGUGUCAGAAUUUUUAAAACUGGCAUGCUGAUUAUAAAGCAUUUGACCUCGGAAGAAUUGAUGCCUUUUAUACGCACUAGUUUGGAUGGGAUGCUUCAGGAUGAAUGUUGGUCUGAGGCUGUAGUGGAUAUCUUGAAGAUGGUGUUGAAAUACAGAGCUGCAGAAUUAAAAGGCCGGGUAGAGAUACUUGUCUACUCAAUGUAUUAUAUUCUGUACAGCAGUGAUAAGGUGGCUGUGAAGAUGGCAAUCAGGAGCAUCAUUGCUGCUCUGGUUCAUGUAGAACCCAGGAAAACAGUCAACACACUUUUGACAUUCACAUGUCCUGAUCUGAGGACUCAUCUGUCACCCCUCCCACAACCAAUAUUGGAUCAUCAGGGAAAGAGAGAUCCACAAACCCAGUAUGAAGUUUAUACCCAAAGAUACUUGUUAGACCAAACCAGACAACUUCAGCAUCCUACUUGGGAAGAUAAACCAUUGCCUGAGAUCAGAGGCCUCUGGAUGUCCCUGGCUGCUGAUUACAUGGUGUUUCCCAAAGUGUUGGGUGUCCUUCUCAGCAAGAUUCCCCAGAAGAGCCAAGAGACAAACAGAACACCUGAGAUAUCUUCUUACCUGCCUAAUGCUAUAAUAGCUGUGAUAUGGCAUUUUAUAGCUGUUCUGGAGAGAAAGGAGCUACUGGAAGGAAAAGAGGACACCCUUUUCUUUCACUGUUUCCUCUACAUUCCUGGAGCCAGCACUCAGAAGUCUAUUGAAAAAAUCAGUACAUUGUACAGAAGCUGCAGUCCCUGCAGCACUGCAGUACAAGCUCUUCAAAACAUCCUGAGACUGGCAGGGUGUGAACAUCAUCUCCUGGAAGCAAUGGAUCAGGACCAUGGCUGGGAGCAGAUGGUGGAUGCUGAAGAACAACAUAAAGGGUUUGCUGCUCUGGGGAGAGCUACCAGAAAUUGUGUGCCAGGUUUCUUCCCUAGGAAAGUUAUUCCAGAUUUCCUGCCUAAUCUCUGCUCCCAGAAGGAAGCCUGCAGGUUAGACUGUGCUGCAUUUUUUGCUGAGUUUCUGGGAAGCCCCCAUCGUGCAACAGAUGAGAAGGCUAUACUGAAAAAGGUCUACAAUACCAUGAAAUGGCUGCUUUAUGACAAAAAUGACAUCAUAAGAAUGUAUGGCAUGAGAGGGCUUGUUAAUGCAAUCCAUACUCUUCCCAAGAUGGUCCAAAAAGAGAAAGAGACCAUUUUGGAUGUCUACCUGGAUGCUGCAACACACCCAUGUUCUGCAAACAUCAGGAGAGAGGCAAUGUCAGGGAUAUUAAAGUUCUUGCCUUACCUCUCAUCCAUGAAAACUCCCACUGCCUGCCAGAUGGCUCUCCUUGUCCAAAGUUUUUUUGAUGAUGAAAAUCCACAUGUAAGACAGAAUGCCCUUGAAAUCUUUGGACACUUGGGCCGAUUCUUUUAUUGGAGAAACACCAUCUUCUCUGACAAAGUCGAAAAGAGCUUGGCACUUCUCCUUAUUCAUCUGCAGGAUGAUGAUCUUGAGGUGGCAAAAACAAGCAAGGUCACUCUUCAAAAAUGUGCACAUUUUGUGAGAUAUAAGCCUCUGAGGAAUUUAAUUCUAUCCUUUCUAGACAAUAAGAGAAAUCAGUCCAUAACAAGCCUUCUGAUGGAAGUUUGCAAGUUACUGGUUCAAGAUUGGCCCAGAAAGCUGGACAAGGAAGCAGGAAACAGAGCUGCAGUUGCUUUUCAACUAAUUGCCUAUCUUGUGAAGCAAGAUGUCCUUGAAAAAACAGAAUGAAAAUAAGGACUGAUAAUUUUCCAUCCAUGAACUUGAUCAAAGGCAGCCAAUUGGAAGAGGAACAAUACUCAUAGAUCUAUAAAAUAAAAAUGCAGUGCCAAC